CGCGGUGCGUGCGUUGUUGUAAUGAAUCGUUGAACCGGAGGAGGGACGCGGACGGCCGGGUCGUUGUGUGAUUAUUUGUCGGCCCACGGGGAGGGGGGAGGGAGGGACGCGGUCCCUUUAAACGGAGAGGGACAAGGGGGGAGAAAGAAAAGAAAAGGAAGACCGAGAGGGAGGGCGAGAGAGGACCUAAAAAAAGAGAAAGAUGUCACCCUGUGGAUCGGGACUUCGAGGCGGAGCCAUGGACCGCGGCCGACCGGGAGCUCUGUAGGCGGGGGACAAGCUGUACGCAACGCCGAGGCUCAGGGAUCCGACGCCGCGGCGGCCUCCUCCUUCUCCCCCUCCUCUCCUCUCCUCUCCUCUCCUCUCCUCCCACGGAGCAACGAUGAGCGCGACCUCCUACUCGUCUUCGGUCGACAAAUUAUCGCAACAUUUUUUAUUACAGUAGACAUAAGCAAAUUAUAUAUAUUAUUGAUACCGUACCAUUAAAAUAAAAGCAUGACAUCAACCAUUUUGGCGCGUUUGCAAAAUGGUGAUUCUAUAUUCUAUUUCUAAUUCAUGACUCGUAGCAGGUUUCUCGGUCUCACGUUCAGCUAAACGUCGUCCGGAACACUUAUUUCCGAUCCGCUGAACCCGGACAGGUGCGGAGGAGACACACGCCUCAGAGCGGCCGUGAGGAACGGCUGGUCCUCAGGGCUCCGGUCCUCAUCCCUCCCACCCCCUCCCCGGGCUGCUAGCCGCUGGUCCCCGGGCUGCUAGCCGCUGGUCCCCGGGCUGCUAGCUCCUGGUCCCCGGACUGCUAGCCGCUGGUCCCUGGGCUGCUAGCUCCUGGUCCCCGGGCUGCUAGCCGCUGGUCCCCAGGCUGCUAGCCGCUGGUCCCCGGGCUGCUAGCUCCUGGUCCCCGGGCUGCUAGCCGCUGGUGCCCGGACUGCUAGCCGCUGGUCCCCGGACUGCUAGCCGCUGGUCCCCGGGCUGCUGAGGUCCAACAUGGACACCUCCUGGAGUAACUUCCUCUUUCAGACCUCGACGUCUCAGACUCAGCCGGAGACGCCUCUUCAGUCCGAUCUGAUGCCCGAGCUCUCCGUGUCGUCUCCGUCUCCUCCGGGCGACCACAUGGGCACGCCGCCCUCCACCGUGGACACCGCCGCUCUCAGCGAGGAGCCCCUUCCUGUCAAACCGCUGCCCAAACCGGGCCGGGCCGCUCACAUCUGCGCCACCUGCAACAAGGAGUUCAAGAACAGCUACAACCUGCGGCGGCACCAGUCGGUGCACACGGGCAUCAAGAUGAAGGACCGGGCGGCCCGGGAGAAGGAGGACGGGGUCAAAGGUGGAGGGAGGCAGGCGGUGCCUCUGUCUCUGCUCCACCUCACUCUGCCUCCUCCUCCUCCUCCACCUCCUGCAGCCCCGCAGACCCUCACGCAGCACGGCAACCAGGAGGGCCGCCAGGUCUCUGUUUCCAUCGCCCCCGCAACCGUUACCAUGGCAGCGCCGCCCCAACCCAUCCAGGCAGCUGUGGUCGUGGUGGGCUCCGUGGAGCAGACCUCCUGCACGUUUCCCCGACCGAGCCCCCACCCGGUGAGGAAGAACCACGCCUGCGAGGCGUGCGGCAAGGCCUUCCGGGACGUGUACCACCUGAACCGGCACCGCCUGUCCCACUCGGACGAGAAGCCGUACUCGUGUCCCGUCUGCCAGCAGCGCUUCAAGAGGAAGGACCGCAUGAGCUACCACGUGCGCUCGCACCAGGGCGGCGUGGAGAAACCCUACGUGUGUCCUCACUGCGCCAAGGCCUUCUCCCGCCCGGAUCACCUGAACAGCCAUGUCCGCCAGGUGCACUCCACAGAGAGACCGUUCAAGUGCACGACGUGCACGUCGGCGUUCGCCACGCGGGACCGCCUGCGCGCUCACCUGAUCCGCCACGAGGAGAAGGUGCCGUGUCACAUCUGUGGGAAGCUGCUGUCCGCUGCCUACAUCACGGACCACAUGAGGGUCCACAACCAGUCGCAGCACCACGCCUGUCACCUGUGCAACCGCAGCUUCACCACGGUCACCUACCUGCGGGUCCACGCCCAGAAGCACCACGGUCAGGAGUGGAAGGAGAGCGGGGGGGCGCGGGGGGGCUUCGGUGGGACGGGGGGCAGCGGGGUGCUGCUCUGCCAGCUGUGUGGCGUGCAGUGCAAGACGGCCACGCAGCUCCAGGGUCACAUGGGCACCCACGGCAACCAGGGUGACCCCGCCCCCACCAGCGCCAGCGGCGUUCCUGUCACCGAGUCUAGCGCUAACGCGGGGGGGCUGCUAGUGACAGACGGCGCCGGCAUCGGGCCCCCAGCCCACAGCUAGCACGCUGGGGAGGCCCGGGGGGGGGGGGGACUGCAUCCUAUCCAGAUGUUUUCUCUCCAGAACCGGACUCAGAGCGACAGAAGCCGCCGCCCCUCUUCAACGUUCUUUGUACAGACUUUUUUCCCCUGACCUUUUGACCUUCCUGUGCGGAUCAGAAGAGACAAUAAGGAACUCAUUAAAUAUGAAACAUGUGUAUUUUUACUCCGGUGGUUUUAGCAAUUAGCCGUUUCUCUCUUUGCCGUCGUCGUAUCGUCUCGACCGACUUGCACAUAGCGUCACAAUUUUGUAAAGUGUUUUUAGAUUAUUUGUAUUCCACAAUGUGUCAGUGUUUGUUUACAACAGGGGGGGGGGAGGGGGGCACGAUAACUUAUUUUAGUACUAAACGCUCUCUGGUUGGGAGCAGGGACCUGAGAUGGACAUCCUGUGAUCCACUUUUCUACGUAUAGUUUAUUUGUACCAUAAACUCUGAAUGUGCAUCAGUCCUCUGCUUGGCCUCGCUCUCUGGAAGAAGUUGACUUGUACUCCGUAGCUGCGUUGGUGACAUCUCCUGUGGCCAUGCGUGUUGAUUGUACUUGAUGCAUAGUGCAACGCGCCUCGUUACUUAUUAAAAAGCACGAAGACGC